GUGUCCACUGUAUAUACAAACUAGCAAAGAAGAAAAGCAGUAGUACAACCAUCCUGCAUUAAUUUCCUCUUCAUAUAUACUUUCCUACGCCGCCGACUUCUUCUUCUCCCUUCUCAACCGGUUUCUGAGUUUCUAUACCUGAGAAUGGCUGAUGCGCUUGUUUCCACGCUACUAGAGAAGCUGGCUACAAUGGCUUAUGAGUACGUAGAGGACGAGGUGAAACUUGUUCUAAAUGUUAAGAAAGAAGUUGAAGAAUUCGCUGGGAAUCUCAAAGCUAUUCAAGCUGUGCUUGAGGAUGCAGAGCAAAGGCAAAUGAAGGAGGCCAACGUGCACCACUGGCUGGAUAACCUGAAGGAAAUAUCGUACCAGAUGGUGGAUGUGCUAGAUGAGUGGAACACUGACAUUCUGAGACAACAAAUUGAGAAACAAGAAAGAGAAGGUGCAACUCAUCUUGCUCCACAAAAGAAGGUAUGUUUCUCUAUUUUCGCUCGUUGUUUUGGUCUUGGCCGAGUCGGCAAGGUAAUUAGUCGUCAUGAAAUUGCUCACAAGAUAAAGGAUCUAAAUGGGGAGUUAGCUGAGAUUUAUAAGCAAAGACAAAUGUAUAAUUUUCAGCUCACUGAAAAAGCCAUUCAAAAACAGCAAACUUCCUCUUUUGUCGAUAUAUCUGAGAUAUUUGGUCGAGAAAAGGAAAAAGAUAGUUUGAUAAGGAAGUUGGUGAGUGAUACUAGUAAAGAAGGGAGGGGGCUCCUCAUCAUUCCUAUUGUAGGGAUGGGAGGUAUGGGAAAGACAACUUUGGCUCAACUAGCUUAUAAUGAUGCCAAAGUUAAAGCUCAUUUUCAAAAGAGAAUAUGGGUUUGUGUGUCAGAGCCUUUCGAUGAGAUAAAGAUUGCCAAAGCGAUUAGUGGUGAUGCCUCCUCAAGUUCGAAUGAGUUGGAUCAUGUCUUAGAAUAUAUGUCUAGAUCCAUUGAGGGGGUAAAGUUUCUUCUUGUGUUGGAUGAUGUGUGGACCGAAGAUGGUAAAAAGUGGAAUCAAUUAAAGUUUUCAUUGAUGCAAAAUGGGGCUAAGGGUAGUAGAAUAUUGGUAACCACCAGAAAACAAAAUGUUGCUAAUAUGAUGAAAGCAACCUCUCACGUGAUCAACCUUGUGGAGUUGAGUGAGGAAAAUUGUUUGUCAAUCUUCAAUCACAUGGUUUUUUCUUAUAGAGAAGUAGGCGAGUCUGAGGUGUUUGAAGAUAUCAGUAGGGAAAUUGUAAAAAAGUGCAAGGGUUUGCCACUUGUUGCAAAGACUUUAGGUAGUAUGAUGCGCAAUAAGAGCACAAGGAGUGAAUGGGUGGAAGUUCUGAAUAGUAAAAUAUGGGAUUGGGAAGAAGUGGAGCAAGAAGUUUUCCAACCAUUAUUUCUAAGUUAUUACGAUUUGGACCGAAGAAAUAAAUGUUGCCUUUUAUAUUGUGCUAUUUUUCCAAAAGAUUAUGAGUUUAAUAGGGAUGAGUUGAUCAAUCUUUGGAUGGCACAAGAUUAUCUUAAUUCUAGAGAGAAUAAAGAUAAGGGGAAAAUUGGUCACACUAUUUUUGAUAAUUUAGUUGCACGGUCUUUUUUCCAAGAUUUUGAGAAACACUCUGACACUGGUGCAAUAAUCGGUUGCAAAAUGCAUGACAUUGUAUAUGACUUUGUGCAAUUUAUCACCAAGAAGGAAUGUUUAAUUACGGAGGUUGAGGGUGCAAACCAUAAAAUAGAGGCAUUGGGUAGCAAGGUUCGCCAUUUGACCAUAACGGCGAUAGCUGACAGUCAAGCUUUAUUUUCUAUCUCUUCAGGCAAUUGCAAAAAUCUACGUACGCUCACUACAAUUCACUCAAGUGUUGCAAGGGUAGACACUAGUUUUAUUUUACAAUUUGAAUGUCUUAGGACGAUAAAUUUGUCUCAAAAUUCUAUCAAAGAACUCCCAGAAGAGAUUGGUAAAUUGAUACAUUUGAGACAUAUUGAUUUGUCUUGGAGUCAAAAUUUGGAGAAAUUACCAGACAGCAUUUGUGAUUUAUACAAUUUGUAUACCUUGGACAUUCGGAGCUGCAAAUCAAUUAAAAAAUUGCCUGAUAACAUGAGAAAGUUGAUAAGCUUAAAGCAUCUUUACAUUGGUGGGAGUUAUUCAUUGAAGUACUUGCCAAAAGGGAUAGGGAGAUUAACAAGUUUGCAAACACUGGACUUGUGUCCUCUGUUUUCUGCUGACAAAGACGAAGCAUUUCAAGUUGGAGAUCUGAGAACCUUGAACCACCUUCAGGGAAAUCUCACAAUAAGAAUAUUGGGGAAGUUGAAAGAUGGCAGCCAAGUUGGUGAAGCACAAUUGCGGGACAACAAGCAACUUUUUCAUCUCCAGCUUGAUUUUGCUGAAUUGUGCGAGGUUGGAGAAAGCAUUGUACGAAUAAUGAAUGUCUUACGACCGCAUGAUGAUCUUGAAUCUUUAGGGAUUGAUGGGAACUUCGGCUCCACCUGGCCGAAUUGGAUGUUUUCUUUAAAAAAGUUGCGAUUCCUUACUCUACAGGAUAAUUCGGGUUGUGAAAUUUUGCCUCCUCUUGGAAGAUUGCCUUUCCUUGAAAAACUUUACGUAGGGGAGAUGUCGGGUGUAAGAAAGGUUGGUGGUGAGUUUUUGGGAGUAGAAGAUGAUCAAACAUCUCCUUCAUUCAAGUCAUCCUCAUCAAUAUUAUUCCCAAAACUGAAGCAACUCCACUUUUACAAAAUGUCGUCUUGGAAGCGCUGGGAAGGCGUGAAAGGGUGGAACAAAGGGGAUUCUGGAAUGACAAUCAUGCCAUGCCUUACUUCAUUGGAAAUAAGUAAGUGCUAUGCUCUAGAAACACUGCCAGACUUCCUCUGCAAAAUACCACUGCAGAACCUUACCAUUUUCUGGUGUCCGAAACUUGAAGAACGUUGCAAACAUGAGGAGAGGCCCAAGAUUUCUCACAUCCCAAACAUCGAGUUUCAUGCUUUGCCGGUAAUGACGUUUCAUAAUGGUGAGUUGCAGUGCUUUGAUUUUUUUACUUGGUUUGGAUAUAUAAUUGUGCAGAGGCCCAGGUCAAAUAAACCUCCAAGCUACUUGGUGCGGCGCUGGUUCCCUCCUCAAGAUACGACUAUGAUCAAAAUUAAGCUGUAUCAAUUCCAAAAUCUCACCACGUUGAAUGAGUUACUAAUUAAGUUACCUCAAAACUCAAAAUUGUUGGUGGUGAGGGAAUGUACUUGCAGCAGCUUUGCUGAGACUGAGGAGUGUGGAGUGGAGGAUGCCCUCCCCUGCGGCCCUGCCUGUUUAGCUGCUUGCAGCAGCUUGCUGAGAAUAUUGAAGAUGUAG